AGGGGCUUGCAAAGGCAGAGUUCCAACUGCUUUAUACGAGAUGCAGAUUCUGUCCAGGGUGCUUUAGAAACUGCUCUACAAACCAUUUCGCCAAAAAGUCUAAUUAUUCCUUCAUUAUGUCUCUCUAGCAGAACAGAUGCUGGAGUUCAUGCUUUAGGCAACACUGCUCAUGUAGAGCUUGAAAACAAAUAUAACACAGUAUAUAAAUCUUCAGAAGUAAAACGAUAUGUUAAUCGUUACUUUGCCAAAUGUGGUCAUACCAUUAGGUUACUGGAGUGUAUACCUAUCACACAUGAUUUUCAUGUAAGAUUUUCAUGUAAAUCUCGGACGUAUCUGUACAGAUUUAUGAUACCUAAAAUAUAUGAAGAACAACGGAUAUCCCUUCCAGAAAUAAUACAUACUCAUUGUUUAAGAUCACACAACUUUGACAUAGAUAGAGUAAGACGUGGUAUACAAUUGUUUAUGGGAACAAAAGACUUUACUACGUUUAGCGCGCAAACAACAUCAGAUCGCAAAAUCCAGUAUGUACGUGCUUUACAGGCUUUUACUUUGGAAGAGGCGCAGUCUUUAAUGCCAUUUGACCCACUGUCCAAGAAUUUUACAUACUUGCAUUUCACAUGCAAGGCAAAAGCUUUCUUGUACAAUCAGGUUAGACGAAUGGUUGGUGCUCUUAUUGCGUUAGGAUUAGGAAAAAUAACAGAAAAAGAUAUCACUGUGAUGUUACAAGUUCCUUCGCAUCGUAACUGGAAUUCCUGUGUUACGCCUGUACCACCGAAUGGCUUACAUCUAUUGAAUGUAGAAUACGAUCCAGAUGAAUUAAGACGUUGUACCAUAUUGCAAGAGGAAGAACAACAGAAGGCACCACAAUUGGAGGAACUAGAGUGGGAAGAACAGCAACAAGGAUUACAGUUGAAAGAAUAG